AUGAUUGUUAGUUAUGAUUUUAUAGAAAAAAAUAAGUGUACUUAUAAAACACUAGAUGAUGCCAAUAUUGAUUUGUUUGAGAAAUGUGUUGUGAUUAUUUCUUUUAAUCAAAGAAUUUAUAACAAUAACAUUAUGUUUGAGUCUAUACCUGCGGGUACUAAUUUAGGUUGGUGUAAUUACUUAAUUCAUUUACCGGAUAACAAAAGUAUAUUUUAUGUUGGAUCUUUUAAAAACGGUAAUAGAUUUGCAAAACCAGGUAAUUUUGUUAAAUCUAAUUAUUUUAUACUUAACACUCAUUAUUAUGAUGAUAUUAGACACUAUCAGAAUAUAGAAUCGUUUAAUCUUAUAAUAUCAAACCAUAAAUCUUCUAAAUGUGUUAUUGUUAUACCAAUUGAUUUUACAAGAUCAUUUGUUGAUAUAAUUUUUCACAUACUUUACCUGGUAGAAAAGAAAUUAGUACCUAUUUAUAUCUAUUCAAAGAUAUUCAAUAGUCUUGAAUUAAAUCUUAACAUUCAGGGUGAAUUAGUAAGUCCUACCAUGUUGGAAAAUGCAAAUACAAUGAAGGAUGAUGUAUUUUGUGUAAAAAAGUAUAAAUAUUUAGAGUUAAUUGAUGAUUUGAGUUGUUUAGAUAACAAUCAGCCUAAAAUUGUUUUUGUUAACGAAUUAACUCAAAUAGAACCAAAUGAUUACUUAAGAGUAUUUAAAGUAGAAAAGACUAAAAAUUUUGUUACGUAUAAAAAUUGUGAAUAUUUUGAUUUAAAUUUAGAAGAACAUAAUUUUGAUGAUUUAGUUGAUAAAGAAAAGUUAUUAUUUAGUGAUAGUGAUACUGUUUUUAUUGAGUAUGAAAAUAAUAUUGAUUUGCUAAUACAGCCUCAUUUAAUUUGCAAUGAUCUUGAAUUGUAUAUAAACGGGAAGUUGAGUUACACUGAUAAAAACUCUAAAAAUGUUGUUGUUGGUGAAAUAGAGUUAACAGAUCAUUUUAUACAGAAAUUAUUUUUAGAUGAAAAUCCAAUCAUUUUAAAUAAUAACACUUAUGUAUUCACUAAAAAUAAAAUUAAACUGACUAUAAUCGACCAUUCUAAACACAAAAUAGAGUAUUUAUAA